AUGUCGCCUCCUUCAUCGAUUUUGGUUAGACCGGCAUGUUCACCAUCGCUCGCACGACGUUUAGCUAGAAGACGACUUCCUUCACGAUCUUUCUUACACACCACAUCUCCAAUAUUAGCUAUUGCACCUAAGCCCGAACCAUCAUUGAUAGCUCCUUCCACAGCUCUGUCAUCUUUACUUUCUAGAUUAUCUCUACCUUCCAAUUCAUCAUUGCACUCAACUUUAACAGCAUGCUUAACCCAUCCUUCAUACUAUUCUUCGCCAUCAACAUCCUCAACACCAACAUCAUCGGAUGAACUACCUGAACUAGAAUUAGUCAAUCAAGAUCAAGAUUCCUCAAAAGAAAGUAUGAAAGAGUCCAAUGAGUUGUUAUCGAAUCUUGGUAAUUCAUUAUUAGGUUUGUUUGCAUCAGAACAUUUAACCACUUUAUAUCCAUUAUUACCUACAACAGCUGUACAAUCAGCUAUAACAGCGUAUGUCGGACCUGCUGCUUGUUCUUCCAUAGCAAGGGAAUUGGGUAUAUCAGUUCAAGGUGGUGGUAAUACAAGUUUACCAGGUUAUGGAUCAGGUUCAAAUUCAGCUGGUUUACCUAUAAGAUGGAGUAAAACUGCUUUGAUGGAAAAGAAUUGGCAAGAAAAAAAUCAUGAUCAACCUUCUAUAGGCCCAGAGAAAGUUCCAAUCGCGAAGAGAUUUGAAAAGUUUUUGGGAAAAGGAGAACCCAAAGACAGGGGUUUAAAGAGAAUUAAGAGGGAAAGUUUUGAAGAUGUUAUCGCUUCGACAGUGAGAGCUUUCGUAGGAAUGAUUUAUCAAGAGCAGGGCAUACACGCAGCUCGAGAAUUCGUUCAUGCUCAUUUUUUAUCACGUUCACUUGACUUAUCAACUUUAUUCAAUUUCAAAAAUCCUUUACACGUCUUAACAUCCGUUGUGGCAUCUCAUCUAUCUUCUUCUGGAGUAUCUAUAUCAUCCAAUUCAGGUAUAAUCGAAAGGAGGAUAUUAGCUUCUACAGGUAUAAAUUCACAAUCACCUUUAUUCCUCAUUGGAUUAUUUUUGCCUUCAGGAAUCAAGUUAUCCGAAGGUCAUGGUUCAUCAAAAUCUAUGGCUGAACAUCGAGCAGCUGUUAACGCACUUCUAAGUCUGUUCUUGGUAAGAGGUGAUCAGCCUGAUACUAUUCAAUAUCUAGGUAUAAAAGGUUUGAACAAUGUUAAUACCGGUUUACCAACUUCUAUUCAUCAUGAAACACUACUCAAUCAAGGUAAAAUCAAUCACGAUUCAAGCAUUAUAGAUGAGACGAGUUAUAAAGGUAAUGCUUGGGGUGGUAAAGAUGUAUUGGCGGAAAGUGCAUCAAAAAGGAAAUUGUAA